ACGAUCACGACGACAACACCAUCCUCACAACCUGCGAUCAUGGGUGCCGCACUCUCAAUCCCGUUUCUCGCUCUCCCGAGCAUAGGCUCUUUAUGGGGUGUCGCCGCCUCGUGCUGCGGAGCUGCUACCUGCAGCGCAGUCUUCGGAUCGUGUGGUGGAAAAUGCGGCAACAGCAUCGCGACCAGAAUCGCAUACGCCCUUAUACUCCUGUUCAACUCGAUCGUAUCCUGGAUCAUGCUCACCGACUGGGCGAUGAAGAAGCUGUCGCAUCUCACACUCGACUACGUAGACAUCAAGUGCCACGGUGAACAGUGUUACGGAUAUGUCGCUGUACAAAGGAUCAAUUUCGCGCUCGGCCUCUUCCACGUUAUCAUGGCUCUGAUACUUGUUGGCGUUCGGUCUUCAAAGGAUGGUCGCGCGCCUAUUCAGAAUGGAUUUUGGGCCCCGAAGAUCAUUGCGUGGCUCGCCAUGAUCGUCCUCACCUUCUUCAUUCCGAAUUCAUUCUUCAUCGUCUGGGGCAACUAUUUCGCGAUGAUCGGCGCCUGUCUGUUCCUUUUGAUCGGACUUAUUCUUCUCGUUGACCUUGCGCACAACUGGGCCGAGUAUUGCCAAGAGAAGAUAGAGGUCACCGAGUCUAGAGUUUGGACCGGGCUUCUCGUCGGAUCGGCCUUGUUCAUGUACUUGGCCUCGUUCGCUAUGACAAUCGUUAUGUACAUUUUCUUUGCUAAGAGCGGAUGUGGUAUGAACCAGGCAGCAAUCACGAUCAACUUAUUGCUCCUCUUCAUGUCUUCGGUUGUCUCGAUUCAUCCAGCAGUACAGAAUGUAAAUCCUCGAGCUGGAUUGGCGCAAUCUGCCAUCGUUGCAAUUUACUGCACAUACUUGACCCUCUCUGCUGUCGGCAUGGAGCCCGACGACCAUCAAUGCAACCCCCUCAUCCGAGCUCGCGGUACCCGCAAGGCUACAAUCAUUGUUGGAGCUAUCGUCACUUUCGUCACUGUAGCAUACACCACUACCCGUGCUGCUACCUACGGCCUUGCCCUAGGAUCCCAAGGCAAUUCCUAUGGCAACGGUUACGCCCGCGUUGGUACCGAUGACAACGAGCACGGCCUCGUCGACACGCAACCCGAGUCCCGCCGCGAGAUGCGCCAGGCCGCCCUCCGCGCUGCCGUCGAAAGCGGCUCCCUCCCAGCCUCUGCUCUCGACGACUCGGACAGCGAAGACGAAGACGAGGGUCCCUCCAAGAACCCCCGUGACGACGAACGCAACGCCACCCAAUACAACUACACCCUCUUCCACAUCAUCUUCUUCCUCGGCACCACCUGGGUCGCCACCCUCCUCACAUCCAACUUCGACGAGAACGACAUGCAGAACGACUUCGUGCCCGUUGGCAGGACGUACUGGGCCAGCUGGGCGAAGAUCAUCAGCGCCUGGGUGUGCUACGGCAUUUACACGUGGAGUCUAGUCGCCCCGCUUCUGCUGCCCGACCGAUUCGACUACUAGAUAGUUAGAGAGGAAGAAACAUACAUGCAUGCAUCAUUCGGCUGAAAAAUCGCUCGAAACGUGUAUUUUUAACUCCAUUUUCCCUUUUUUUCUUGUUUCCUCAUUGUUUGUCAUCUUGUCGUUUUAGUCGCUGUAUACCAUCAUUUGCAGCUCUCUGCACACGUCCUAAUCUGGGGUUUUGGGUCUUUUCGGAACAUAUCAUAUAGCAAUGCAAGCAUUUUAAACGUCA